AUGAAUCGAAUCACGGGCUUUUGGAAACCCAAAGUCGUCCAUCCGACCAACCAAGAAGAACGAUCCAAGGAACUCGGCUUUCAUACUUUCAAAUCUCAGAGCGCUGAUGCCAUCAACACAAUUGACAUCGUGGCCAUCCACGGGCUUAAUGGACAUUAUUCCAAGACCUGGACUGAUAAAAGAACAGGAGUGAAUUGGCUCCAGGACCUCAUGCCCUGUAAAUCUGCCCGCGUGCUCUCGUUCUCAUAUAACUCGACAGUGAAAUACAGCAAGUCUGAAGCGAAUAUUUAUGAUUUUGCCGAUCAGCUAUUGGAGGGUCUUUACGCUUCGAGACAAAGUGAGGAAGAACAAGGGCGUCCUGUUGUUUUCAUCUGUCACAGCCUAGGAGGCAUUGUAUUCAAACAGGCUUUCAUUCGGGCCCAUGAGGUCGAAAGAUACCACAGUCUUCAAAGACUCAUUUUUGGGGUUAUAUUUCUCGGCACGCCUCAUCGUGGCUCAGAUCUGGCUAGCUGGGGGAAUAUGUUAAGUUCCGUGCUGAAGAUGGGAACUCUCGGGACUUCCACAAACACCCAGCUUUUAAAGGACCUUGAAACGAAUUCACGAGAUUUGGACAGAAUCUCUAAAUCAUUUAUCGCAAGGAGUAAGGGACUGAAGAUUUACAGUUUCUACGAGACUGAAAAAUUGGACAUGAUGAAGAACCUGGUAGUGAGCCGAGACUCCGCCGUGCUGGGUAUUCCAAAUGAGUCGGUAAUACCAAUGGAUGCCAACCAUCGUACCAUCUGUCGUUUCACGCGGCAUGAUGAACCACGAUUCAAUCCAGUGCGCUCUAUCCUCACGGAACUAGAAAGACUGACCAGUAAGACACCGAAGAAAGAAGAGCAAAAUAUGUUUAUCGCCCAACUAUCCUCAACCGACCCUAACCAGCACAAAGCGCGAAAUCCAUCUCCAGUUCCAGGUACAUGUCGGUGGAUCCUGGCACACCCUGUAUACCGUGACUGGCUGGGUGGCAAUGAAUCGUUGCUUUUGUGGGUCUCAGCAGAUCCAGGUUGUGGAAAGUCUGUACUGGCCUCGUACCUUAUAGAUGAGAGGAUGGGCAGAGAUGACGAUAUCACCACUAUUAUCUGUUACUUUUUCUUCAAGUCAGACAACCACGAGCAGCGAAGCGGUGUUAUUGCUUUGCAGAGCUUACUUCGACAGCUCUGCCACCAACGACGAGAGUUGGUACCCACUGUUAUGCGUCACAUCGAAGAGAAGCACUUGCAAAGCCUCGAAGCUUUGUGGUCGGCUUUUAUAGCAACAAGCCACGAGAUUGAGACCAAAGACGAAAAUAGAGCUUUGCGGGUAUUGUGCAUUCUCGAUGGACUAGAUGAGUGCGAUAAUGCCCGAAAACUCGUGAAACUAAUAUCGACAACCUUUUCCACGGGUGGCUCAAACGGAGGAACUCUGAAGGUGCUUGUACUGAGCCGUCCAAACAACUUUAUCAAGAAUGCGUUCGACAAGCAAGUUUGCAGCUCUGAUGGCAUAUCAAGCAUAACACCUACACGAAGCGCAAUGAUCAGACUCAGAGGGGAGGAUCAAGUCAAUUCUAUCAGUGACGAUAUCUCACAGGUCAUAGGAUUCACAGUCUCUGAGCUUGUUCGAGAUGGUUUGCCUGCCGACUUUCUAGAAAGCGUGAAGAAAGAGCUUAUUCAAAGAGCAGAUCGAACAUUCUUAUGGGUUACACUAAUAACCCAGUUGCUUGCUGCAAAGGUGGAAACUGGUGCUUCGCGUCGCGAACUUGAUGAGAUUCUCAAGAGUCGGGAUAUUGAUGCUGUAUACUCGGAGAUGUUGGCAACACAGGCCAAUGAGUCGAAAGCCCGGAAGAUGUUGAGUAUCAUCUUAGCUGCUGCUAAGCCCCUCACGGUGGCAGAGAUGAGUAUAGCAUUGGCUAUAACUCCGGAUCACAAUCCUUUACAAAGUGGAAAGUUUUCCGGGUACCCAGAUUCCAAGACGUUCUCAGAUUUGGACUAUGACUUAGUGCGACCUUUUGAAACGCAUAUCAAAUCUAUCUGUGGUAACUUUGUGAGAGUGAUCCGGACCAAGAUUUAUCUCGUUCACGAGACUGCACGGGAAUUUCUACUGAAACAAGAUCAUUCAGAUGAAGAUUCUGAGGGAAUGGACUAUCCCGAGCACUAUUAUCGAGGUUCAGAACAAUCUCACCUGGAAAGAACCAAGUCUGUUUCCGGACCUUGGCAACAAUCCUUUUUGCUACCUGAAUGCGACGCGAUUCUUCUGCAUAUCUGCACAACCUAUAUUUAUAUGAUGGCUAAGAAAUGCAGCACUGCCAAUUUUGGAUACCCCAGCCAGAGUACCUAUCAUCUUCUCAAAUACGCCGGCAAAUUCUGGCCUGAGCACUUCGGCAUCCUCAAGGAGAAAAUAGACCCACGAAAUCUCUAUUAUUAUGGAAAUUUAUGCCAUCCCAAGUUCCCUGGAUUUCCAUGCUGGACUGCUGCGUUCUAUGGUGACGUCCGUGCAAAAGAGAUUGCAGCACGUCUCUCGGUUCAUGAACUUCAAGAUUACUAUCUUAAUCUUCUGGGCAUUCUUAGCACUCCUCCAUCUGAUAUGUAUUUUACCACGACAUAUGAUGAGUCUGAUACCGUUGAGGGAGAGGGGUCAGAAAGAAAGGACAUGAAGAAUCGGUAUACUGCAUGGCGGGAAAGUCAGUUCCAGGCAGGUACUUUAGAUCGACUUUCUUCUAAUCCGGGUUCAAUAAGAAAUCAUUACUUCCCUACUAAAGCGGAUGAGAAUGGUUUUGUCUCAUUGGACUUUUCCCGGAAGCUAUAG